AUGGCGGAGUCUGCCGAUGACGAACCAACUCCGAUCACAACUUGGCAAGGUCCCGCAGCGCCUCACGACUCCGUACUCGUAACUACGGAAGAAGUUAUAGUCCGUAGGCCGGGGGUUGUUGGGUCCACCACGGGGGCGGGGGUGGGUUUGCCCCUGCUUGUCUUCGUCGUCACUCUCCUGGGGCUGUUGGGUUACCGUAUUGCCGGGGCGGCGGCGGCAACCGAAAACACGUCGUCGUUGUCGUCGUUGUUGCCGUCGUUCGGACGGUUUACGUCGUCGCCGCCGUCGCCGUCGCGUUAUUACACCAAUAACAACGACGUUACGAGCGCGACGACGAGAGCAAUCGAACCUCGUAACAGCCCUCGUGGCUCUAACAACGCCAGAGCGAUUGCCUCGCGCUCGUUGUUCCAUGAGAACGGCGAAAGUGCCAGCGGUGCUGAUUCAUUGUUGGAAUAUUUGCAACUACGAAAACUGCUGAGGAACACCUCGGUCGGGGAUAAAGAAGAGGAAGAAGCCGCGAGGUCGAGUUCUAUCUUGAGAACGGGAUCGAUCGGUGAUCCGUUGGUUAUCUUUGGUAAGACGUCCUACUCCGCGUCCACGUAUCCAGAGAGCACCGAGUAUCGGGGCCAGGGUUAUACGUCGAGAAGCGUCACAGACGUGACGGAAAACCUCCGGCGUCACAAGUCAAGUAAUUCGCGGCGAGGACGACGAAGACGGAGACGAAAGAACGUCGAUUGGGAAGGUGACAUACGUAGGAAGCGGGAGGACAACGAAAUUCGUCGGAACGGUAUCGAUCCGUCGAGACGCGAAUCACUAAUCUCCAGUACAGUCUGGAGAAAAUCUUUGAACAUCCCGCCAACGAUUUACGAUCCAAGAGACAUCGUAAACGAGCCGAAUGAGUCGACCAGAGUCGAUGUCGAUGUUGAUGAUAGAACCGGCGCUGCGUUGCCAACGAGCAAAGUGGCUAUCAUCGAGGACCGAGGAGGAAAGAAGACGACGAGGGACACCGAACAAGCCGCAUUAUCAAACGAUAAGGAAAACAGUCCUCGCCUUUCGGAAAGCAAUAUCGAGAGGCUCGGGGUUGAGGUUUCGGGCUCGGCUAGGGACGCCUCGCUUAUCAACGGACAAAACUAUUUCACGAGUAAGGUGGCGGCUACGCGGGUCGUGAAUAAUCACAAUAACGAUAGUUACACUAAUAUUAUUAAUAACGUCAAUAAUCGUAAUCGUAAUCACCAGAGAAAGUAUAAAAAUAAGAACUCCAGCGGUUCCGUUAAGGAGGAAGGAUCCUCGGAGACACAGCUAGAGCCCAACGAAGAUGUUACGAGUUCUGCGGUAACCCCGUCAAGCCCGAGUGAACCCAUUACUACGGAACUAUCUUAUGGCAACGAUGAGAGUGCAUUAGAGUGGAGGAAAAGUAGAAAAAUUGCCGUGCCCAUGACAGCGCGUUCUUAUCCCCAAGGAGCGACGACGGGAGUGCCAGGACGUUCGAGAAAAUGGCCGGAAUUACCGGUCGUUGGUAACAGCACUGAAAAAACUACGGAUCCGUUGGAAAGGCGGAUCAUUACAUCCGCUGAAAAAACCAACGAGAGCGUCGUCGAGGCCAUCAACGAAGAUAAAAACGAUACCGAGUCGACGCCAAGUGCCACGACUAAUAUCAACGCUACUACGGAAGAAACCUCGUCGACCAAGUCGCCAUCACCGACUCAAGACACCUCUAUGGAAGCACUGAGCGGGAGCGGUUACAUAGUGUCAGUGGUGCUCGUUCUGUUGGUCGGUGCGUUAGUCGGUGUACUGGCAACCGUUUCGCAUCAUCUGCAUCAUCACCGUCGUCCGUUGACCCACACGAUUGGUGGACCAGCCCCGAUACUGCGGGAUCAUCACAGGCAUCAUCAUCGACGUCAUCACCAUCACCACCACCAUCAUAGCGAAGAAACGCCGGCGUCCCUACAGCGUCGCUUGUUGCUGCAGGAACAUCAGAAUUACUCUGACACGCCGAUGCUGUCGGUGAGCGCAGGCAUGGAGGUCGGCAGCGGAGGUCACGGAGGUCACGGAGGCCUCGGGGGCGGUUUGGUCGAGGCGAGCCCCAACGGCGGCGGCGGCGGUGUUGUCGGUGGUCACGGCAGCGACGGCAUGCAACAAGCUAUUGUCGCGGCAGCCCGGGAUCGAGCCAUCCGUGCAGGAAGCGUGCGACAGGAUCUUGCCCUCGAUCUUCCUCCGCGGCUUCAACUUCCCGAUGGCGAGGAAAGGCCUUACGGGGCACACACGACCCUGCAUCUUCGCGAUCCCGAGCAGGAGAGCGAGAUAUACCAAAAGUGUGUUCGACCACCGCCGAACAGGACGGUAUUUGACAGCGAGAGUCCGCCGCCGUACCGGAGCCAUUCGGCGUUGUUGGAUCCGCCGGAUCGUAUAGUCAGGUGUCACAGUGCUGGUAGCUCGUUGUUGAGGGUUUUUCGUAAGUUUCCGAGUUCGAGUGGUUCGACACCGGGAGUAGUGGUGCCGCCAUCGAGGAGGCCGACGUUAUCGAGUUAUUCCGAAUCGAGUGGGAAUUUGAGCAAUCUUUCAAGUUUGACGGUGGUACCGUGCGAGGCGGACGAGACGAAUCAUCACAGGCGGCAUGUCUGAUGGAACAAGAAGAGGGGAUUUCGGGCCCCGAAUAUUUUCGUUAAGAAAAGAAAAAAGUUUCAAUCAGCCAAGACACUGAACGAGAGAAUGAUUAAACAAGCAAACGAAUAAAGAUAAAUAAAUAAGAGUUUUUAAGUAGCCAACGACAACGUGAAUUUACGAGAUUAAGAAAAACAACGUUAAAGAAAAUAAAAGAAAAUGAUGAAGGAAUUCUACGCAUGUCGACGCUCCCGUAGCGUCCUCAUCCUCGUCGUUAUUCUUGUCGUGGAAACUUGUCGCCACCGUCGCACGAAGAGGCUGGUUACUCCGAGAUAAUGUUGAAAAACAAAAUAAUCAAUGAAGAAGAAGAAGAAAUAAAUCUUUGAAGGAAGAAUAUUAAGAGGAAAGACGAAGAUUUCGAGCAAAAGGAAGUAAGCAACAAUCGAAAUGAGAAGGAGAGAAGAAAUACGAACGAUAAGUGAAAAACGAAAAAUAUAACUCGGGUGCUACAAGUCCUCAGGGGCACGGGGAAUAAAAGGAGAUCCUCAAGACUGACUCGCGGGACAUAAAACUUCACAAUACUAUAUAUACAUAUAUAUACAUAUAUGUUGUAUUUAACGAAGAUGAGGAGAGUAAAAACACGAAGAAGAAGAAGAAGAAGAAGUAAACGAAGAAAGCAAAGAACAAAAUUUUGUGUGUGUAUAUAUAUAUGUAUAUAUAGAUAUAAUAUAUUAUUAGAAAAGGAAGAGUCGACGAGGGCCGCGGCUCCAGGCUCCAUUGUCAAAUUUUCAGAGAAUAAAUAAAUACACGCGUCUUCUCCGUUCUCUAAAGAAAAAAAAAACAAACAAACAAACAAACAAACAAACAAACAAGCAAACUUGCGAAAUUGCGAGGAAAAAGAGAGAGAAAAAGGCUGGAAUUUUUCGCCGAUUUAUUCGAUAAUGGGCCGUCCGGAAAAUUUGGCAUUACCAAGACGAAUAGGAGAGAAGAGCAGAGAGGAUAAACGAAGAAAACGAAAGUAUCGAGUACACUGGAAAGGUGUACGAGCUCGCCAAGAGAGAAUUUUAUAAAUAUAUAUAUAUGCUUCUAAAUAUAUAUAACGACAGAACAAUGGAGAAAUUCAAUUAGCAAAUGUGAAUAUUCUCUCUCAUUGGCCAUUUUCUUUAUUCCUCUGUUCGAAGUAACUGAAAAAAAGGGAAAAAAACGAGUUAAUGAGAGCCGAGCUGCCAACGGAGUCACAAAAUGGAGCACAUUUAUGUAAACAUAUGUUUAUAUAUGUAUGUAUAUAUUAUUAAAACAUAUAUUGACUUUAACAUAUAUGCAUAUAUAUAUAAAAAUAUGUAUAUGUUUAUCGCGGAAGUUUGUUCAUUGCGAAAAAGACUUAGUAAAUUAUUUAUUGGCAACAUUGCGACUCACGCAUGUUUGCGAGAUUUAUUAAUAAUGAAAUGAAGAAAACUAAAACGAAAGACGAGAUAGGUAAAGAGAGAGAGAGAGAGAGAGAGAUAGAGAGAGAGGAAAAUUGAUGAGACAGAAAUAAGGAAUGGAGAAUAAAAGAUAAAUGAUGGACACGUGUCAUGGAUUUUCGCGAGGUUUAGGCCGCCACAACGGGGAAAUAUUAAGUUCAUAAGGGAAAAACGAAGACGGAGAGUCGAAAAGCUGCGAAUGAAAUCGCGCGUAGAUAUUUGUGCCUGGGUGUGAAAAUGAUAGAAGAGAGCAAGAGAGAGAGAGAGAGAGAGAGAGAGAGUGAACUGAAGAGUGAAGAUUGAGAGAAGACGAGAAAUUUCGUCAAAAUUUGCGUCGAAAUUUUGACGUUUCUCCGUGUGAGAAUUUCGUGUGUCUGUCUUGCUGUUUGUGUAAGCGUUUUUCAAAUGAAUUCGCCCGCAAUCCGAGGCCGAGAAGGAGAGCUCUGAGGCUGGGGGAGAAAAAUAAGAAAAAGGAGAGAAAAUGAGCGUCGGGAAUAAAAUGGAAAAAUAAACAACAAAUAAUGAAUUUAAUUAAACUGAAACAAUGAGAAGAAAAUUCAAAGAAAACAAAAAACACAGUAGUGCCAAGGCGAUUGGAGAAGAGCAGAGAUACUGAGUGAGCGACAUGAGAAAUAUGAUUAAGGAGAAAUCUUUGUAAAUAUUAGGCUAGGUAGAUCAAUAUCGAUAUUAAACGAUAAUGGCUAAACGAAAAAAAAAAACGAAAAACAUAAAAACAACACAAUGAUUAUUAUGCUACGUAACCGAUUACGAAGGAUACAUGAAAAAUACACUCUGAACACACGUACAUGAGGAUUGUAAUGAAUAAAACGAAGUCAUUAUCGAUCCGAGAGAACGAGAGUGAACUUUGAGAUGUGAGAAAAUUUGUAUUCUUCUCUCCCUCUCUGUUUAAUCCAAUUUUUACUCGAUUGUAUUAGCAAAAAUUCAAACACCACGAGUCUCCAGUCCAACUCGUUCAAUUCAAAUAAUACUUGACGAAAAUAUUUCUUUUUAUAUUUUCACUAAGAAAUUAACUAUUUCCAUUUGUUUUUGUUUUCUCUGAAGAAAUUAUUUAUCAUAUCGUCCCGGAUUUCUUCGUCGUCACGUUUUAGUGACUUGAGCUGACAGAAAUUUCCAUAAGAUACUGCUCGCUUUUCGAAAUCGCAAAAAUCUUCUCCACGACCAUUCGUCGUUUGUUUUUUUCUCUUUAAUUUCGUUAUUCACAUGAAAAAAAAAAGUUCUCUUUUCGCAUUUACUCUCGUUUCUCUCGAACCGAUCAGUCAUCGACGUCGUUAAAAAGCAUCGCAAGCGUUCACCCGUUUCUCGAACGUCCCUCACCAAUGUCCGAUUGUAAACGCUAAUUUUAUUAUCAUACAGAUAGAUGAGACCUCAGUUUUUUCUUUUUUUUUUUUAAAUUUUCAAGUCUAACUGUUUUCGAUCAAGGCGACGUACGACCCCAAAAACUCCGCUAACGAGUCCUACGAUUCGGAACAGAAUCAAUCGUUCCGGAAACACUUUGCUCAUCCAAUUAAGCGAAUCGGAAAAAACAAGAGGAGAAAAAACAGCGCCGAGAAUUUUGCUGUUUUUUCUGCGGUCGGGGCAGAGCAAGAUUGAAGUAUAUGAAGAAAAAAAAAGAAAAAAAUGUACACGAGAAGUCACCAAUUAUCGCGAAAUAAUAUAUUCCACUAUUGUCCAACAAUAUUUUCGUAAUUUGGCCAUUUUGCUUGUUGCAAAUUGUGAAUAGGGGAAACCGGGUUUAUCGAUCGAGAUUUCUUUUUCUUUCAACCGCACGAUGCAUUUUUCUUUCUACUUCCUUCGGAUGGCUUUCAAGUUUUUUUUUUUUCUUUUUUUGUUAAAAGAUGUUCUAAAUUUGCUCGAUUGAUUGGAAUAAUCGAGUGAUCAAUGAGGAUCAAUUUGUUUUUAUAACGCAGCAGUUUCAACGACAAUGAUUUAAUUCAGAAUCUCGAUCGUAAAAUUUCAAACUCCUUAGUAAAGUUCGUGAAUUGAAACUCGAAAAAAAGCAAUCGAAAUUUCAAUCCCAAAUCAAUUGUCCGGCCAGUUAUUGACGGAGUGGCGAACGAACAAUUGAGUGAGAAGAAUCGAAGAGAAAAUAGAAGGCGAAAUGUAAAACAGUCACGAGUCGAGAGAGAGAGAGAGAGACAGAGAGACGGAGAGAGAGGAACAAAAUUUAUUAGCGAAAAGUAUUUCCUUCGUUGUUUAUUUUCAUUACGUUUAUUUUUGUUUUUAUUUUUUCAUCGGGGGGGGGGUCCAUUAAUCUCCAUCUUCAAAAGUGUGUUCAAGCGCAUGCAAUAUUAGACGACGAACAUAAAUGAAAAAAGAAAAAAGGAGGGAAAAGUGAAAAUGAGGGCGAGGACGUGGGAUGAGAAAUUUUUAUUAAUGAUAAUGAAACAUGUUGUAUUUUGAGAGGGCGGAAGAAGUGAUCUUACGAUUAAGGGCUGCGGUUUAAGAGGGGAGAGUUAACUAGAACGAAAACUUAGUUACAAGAAAAAUUAUAAGAGAACGAUUAGCAGGAGGAAGUGAUUGAUGAAAGAAGAAAAGAAGUUAUACAAAUAAUAAUAUUAAUUGAUGAGAAAAACGGGUCGUUUAAUCCAAUGGGUCCUGUGCAAACCUCGGUUAAAUUUCAAUGUUAUAACAUUUAGUAUCGAAUUUAAAAAAAAAAAUAAUAAUAAUAAAUAAAUGAAAAUAAAAAAAAAACGCGAAAGAAAGAAUAAAAAAUAACAAAAUAUAAAUAUAUAUACGAAUGUAUACAUAUAUAAAUAUAUAUCGAUAUAUUAUAUGUGUAUAAAUUGUAUAUAUAAGUAAGAUCAAGUAGUAAAGAUUGAUAUUCGACCAUUUAUUAUAAUUACGAUUUAGAAUUUUUUAGUCUUGCGAUCGUUGAACCACUCUUAAUAUUUUUGUCCUCUUCCUUCUUCCCUCCCCCCCAAUGGACUUGGCGCCCCCUCGACUCGCUCAUCGAGGGAAGUCUUUCAGUUGUUGUUGCCCUCGAUGAGAGAGAGAGAGAGAGAGAGAGAGAGAGAGAGAGAGAGAGAGAGAUAUCAAAAGAAUAAACAAAAUCCAUAACUAGGCGAUCGAUCCCGUGCGGAGCUAAGAACCGAAAAAACUUGGAAAAAAUUAAACAGAAAGAAACGAACCUCGAAUAAUUUUUUUUUUUUCUCAAUGAUUUACGAUCGUAAUGAAUGUGUACGAAUUGUUGAAUUUUCGAAAUGGUAAAUAUAUUAUUAGACACGCACUCACACACGUGGGCGCACACACACACACAAAGACGGAAAAGGUGUGACGUCGAUUAGCAUUUGAAAACAAAAAUUCGAUUUGUGCCAAUCGAUCUAGAUAAAUUAUUACUAUUAUUAUUAUUAUUAUUAUUAUUUUGUUUUUGUUUUAUUUAUAAAUUAUUAGUAAACUUAGCGCGGGGUUCUUUGACGAAAUUGUUAACCGAUGAUCGAUCGUCGAAUAUUUAUUAUUUAAAAUGAAAAAUAAUGGAGUGGAAAAAAAAAAGAAAAAAAAAACGAAAGGAAGAAAAGCUCACGAUUUAGAGUUAAAGGAGAAGAAAAAAAACCGUACUUUUAAGGAACGAAAAAUCGGUGUGUCUAGUCUCUCACGGAAGAAGGAUCCGGGUCGUUUGAGGAAAUAAUGAUAAUGAUAAUGAUAAUAUUAAUAUUAAUCGUAAUAAUAAUGUUGAGAAAACAAAUAAAACAGCAAUUUCUAUUAUUUUCCAUAUUUUUUUCUUUCGUUCAUUCCUUCUGAUAUAAGAGGCCUUGGGCCUUAAUUUUUUUUCGGUCUGAUACGCCGCAAUGGAAACGAUUUGUGAUCCGGUCAUUCCUUCGAUCCUUUUACCGUGAAACGUCCAUUGUUAAUUUUGUCUUUUUUUCUUUUGUUUCCUGCGUUCCUCGCGUUUAUUGUCCGCUUUGUUCUUGCGUGCUCUCUCCUUACACGAUGGUCAUCAACACCAAAAAAGACAAGUCAAUGCACGCUCGAACUACGGUCUUAUAUUUUUUUCUUUAGGCGCAACGACAAAUUUACAUUCACGUAUAAAUUUCAUUUCCAACCCACAUCAUUUUGAUGGUUAUUUUCAAAUAUCGUUGCACAUCACUCGCUCGGCGAAUUUCCAACGACCGCGUUGAUACACUCACGAAUUUAGUUGAAAUUCGACUGACAGGCAUCGGAACAAAAUGGUUAGAAUUUUCUCGAUUAAGCGAGAUGAAAAACGGUCGAAUUAUAAAUUUCUAAUAUUUUUCCAGCAAUAAUUCGAUCAAUUAUUUUUAUUAUUAUGGUUGUUAUUGAUGUUGUAAUUAUUAUUACCAUUGCUAUUAUCAUCAUUAUUAUUAUUGAUACGAUUAUUAUUAUUAUCACUGUGAAUGAUGGUCAAAAAAGUUGCCCUCGAAUUGAGACUUCGAUUCGCAUAUAUGUACUCUUGAUUCGAGGACAGACUCACUCAGCCGCACCUCUCGAAAAACAAAAAAACCCCCUUCAAUCGGGAGAACACAUUAUUAUUAUUAUAUAAUAUUAUAGAGCGAUAUAUCGAGUGGUAUAUCGAAGAAUGUGAUUUAUCGAUUCUCGAUCAUUGUCCGAACGCGCAGCUCCUCGAUCGGAUUGUAAGCCAAUUUAAAACAGAAAAUUGUAAGCAAGGACAAGAAAAAAAAACAUUUUUGUAAUGUAGAAUUGUAUCGUUAUUACAUAGGAUGAGACAGACAGAAAAAGAGAGAGAGAGAGAGAGAGAGAAAGGAAGAAAAAGAAAAAACCAUGUUCGUUGUUCACUGCUCUGGCUUGCUAGAAAAACAAAAAAUCGGGCCUUUCGGGGAUUCGUCAAUGUAACGUCAAAGGGAAUCGUGUUCAUCAUUAACCCUUUUGCGUUAUAGGAAAAAAAAACAACGACGACAAGGCGACCCCCAUUUCCCAUCCCUAACGUCCACCUCCCCCAAACUCGUGCCCCGGUUAAAUCGGCAAAAAUUUCGACAUUGCAAGAUUAUUGGUGUACUUAUCACGCAGUUUUCUACAAAAUAAAGAAAACGAUAUUUAAAAAAA